AUGUGUGGUUUAGUGGGUAUUGCCUUGGCAGACGAGUCCUCUAUUGUAGCACCUGAGUUGUGCGAUGGAUGCAUAUUCUUGCAACACAGAGGUCAAGAUGCUGCAGGUAUAGCAACCUGUGGAUCUCGUGGUAGAAUAUACCAAUGUAAAGGUAACGGUAUGGCUCGUGAUGUUUUUACACAAAAAAGAAUUUCUGGAUUGGCAGGAUCUAUGGGUAUUGCACAUUUGCGUUAUCCAACCGCAGGCUCAUCAGCAAACUCUGAGGCACAACCAUUUUACGUGAAUAGCCCGUAUGGUGUAAUGAUGGCCCACAAUGGUAAUCUGGUCAACACUGUAUCAUUGAACCGCUAUAUGGAUGAGGAUGUUCACAGACAUAUCAAUACCGAUAGUGAUUCAGAACUUCUUUUAAAUAUAUUUGCGGCUGAACUUGAGAAGCACAACAAAUACAGGGUAAACAAUGAAGAUGUUUUCCACGCGUUAGAAGGUGUGUACCGCCUGUGCCGUGGUGGGUAUGCUUGUAUUGGUAUGUUGGCUGGAUUUGCGCUCUUUGGGUUUCGUGAUCCCAAUGGUAUUAGACCGCUACUUUUUGGCGAAAGGACUAAUAAAAAUGGUACUAAAGACUAUAUGUUGGCAUCCGAAAGUGUUGUGCUAAAAGCUCAUAAUUUUUCAACCUACCGUGAUCUCCUACCUGGUGAGGCAGUCAUAAUUCCAAAGAACUGUGGCAAACAAGUACCUGAAUUUAAACAGGUAGUACCAAUGAACUCGUAUAGACCGGAUCUGUUCGAAUAUGUUUAUUUUGCAAGACCUGAUAGUGUUCUUGAUGGUAUCUCUGUGUAUCACACAAGACUUGAUAUGGGUACAAAGCUAGCUGAAAACAUUUUGAGACAAGUCAAAUCUGAAGAUAUAGACGUUGUUAUCCCAGUCCCUGAUACGGCAAGAACAUGUGCUUUGCAAUGUGCUAAUGCCUUGGGCAAACCAUAUAGAGAAGGUUUUGUUAAAAACAGGUAUGUUGGGAGAACGUUCAUCAUGCCAAACCAAAGAGAGCGUAUAUCUUCCGUGAGACGUAAGCUAAAUCCUAUGCAAUCCGAAUUUAUGGGCAAAAAUGUUCUUAUCGUCGAUGACUCUAUUGUCAGAGGUACAACAUCGAUUGAAAUUGUAAAUAUGGCUAGAGAAUCAGGUGCUCUCAGAGUUUACUUUGCUUCAGCAGCACCUGCUAUUCGCUAUAAUCAUAUUUACGGCAUUGAUCUAACAGAUACCAAAAACUUGAUUGCGUACAACAAGAACAAUGAACAGAUAGCAGAGGCUCUCGGAUGUGACAAGGUCAUAUAUCAAUCUCUAGAGGACUUGAUCGAUUGUUGUAAGAAUGACAAGAUAGAUAAAUUCGAGGUUGGUGUCUUUACUGGGAACUAUGUUACUGGUGUGGAGGAUGGAUAUCUCCAAGAGCUAGAAAGGGUUCGUGCACUUAACAAAGCUAAUCAAUCGAAUGCGAAAGCAGAGGUAGACAUCGGUAUUUACAAUUCGGGUGACUACUGA